AUGAGAGGAGGUCGUAAUAAAUUUGGACCCAUAUACAAACUGGACCGUGCCCUGAAGCAGCAACGAAAGGCAGAGGUUCUAGUUUCUCCUCUUUGCCAAACUGACUGUAAUAAACCGCUUAGAUCUGGCACGAGGAGCCCUCGGGCCUCUUCUGACACUUGGGCUGAGGAACACAUUGUAGAGUUCACUGUGGAGGACAGCAGGUGGCCACUCCCGCCCAGAGUUCCCCCACUUGUGGAGGAGCUGGUGCGCUGUGAUCCUGACGAGGCACUUGUAAAGAAUAAGAUCAGACAGCGUUUACAGCAGCACAAGUGUCAGUGGAUCAAAGACGGGAUGCCAGGUUUCUUCAGCCUCAUGUAUCUCCUGACUGAGCAGACUCUCCUGUGUGCAGUGGAGUGGGCUCGCACAGCUGUCUUCUUCAGCCAACUCCAGAGUGUCCAGACGCAGGUUCGUGAGGCUCUGCUGGAGUAUGCCCGGAUCUCCCAGAGCUCGGGUCGCUUCACUCAGCUACUGCAGUGUCUGUCUGAGAUACACUUCAUGAGCACUUUGGCUGAAGACUAUCUGUGGAGCAAGCACGAGAGUGGAGAAGUGCUCUGCAACAAUCUCAUCGCCGAAAUGCUUCAUGCCAAAAGAAGCAACACUUAA